UCAGAUGUGUCCUACGUGGAGCCUUGCGUGGCAAAAUUGGUCUGACCUUCUCCACCGUAACUUGAGUGCACAAAAAUAGGAUUAAUCCCCUGAAAACCCUAGAUGGAAUAUCACCUAAAACCCACAGCUCAAAAAUCGCAAAUUGCCUGCCGGAGAAACUAAAACGAGAAGACACUCUUACUAACCGAUGACUACAGUGUCGGAAAAGGUUGAGCAAUUAGAGCGUUUAGCACCCGCAGCUGAAGCCCAAGAAGACGGUGAAGGAGUAGGAGAAGAGGAAGAGCUGUCAUGGUCGUCGGACUCCGAAAUUGGAGAUGCUUUGGAUUGGUUGGACUCAAAAGACGAUAAAGAAGCUGUAGAUGGAGCUAUUACCCUCAAUUCGAGACGUCCAAAUGCUCAUGGAGGUCUCCACUCUCGCCAUAAUUCCUCUACUCUGCAACCUCUCUCCAAUCGCAACCAGAAGUUCUCUCAUCAUAUCCGUGCUUCGCCUUUGGAGGAGUGGGAAGGGAGGUUGAACGUUGGCAUGUCUAAUUCUGUGACAACUGCAAUUCGUGAAAGUGUUCGGGAUAUGGCCAUUGGUAAAACUAAAACUACUGAGAAAGCGGAUCGCGCAACAGUGGAGCAGGCCAUUGAUCCUAGAACUCGCAUGGUUCUGUUCAAAAUGCUGAAUAGGGGUGUAUUUCAUGACAUUAACGGCUGCAUUUCAACUGGAAAAGAGGCAAAUGUGUAUCAUGCAACAAAAUCUGAUGGCCAGGAACUUGCAAUCAAAGUGUACAAAACUUCAGUUCUGGUUUUUAAGGACCGAGAUAGGUAUGUACAAGGUGACUAUCGUUUUAGGCAUGGAUACUGCAAGCACAAUCCCAGGAAAAUGGUAAAGACAUGGGCUGAAAAAGAAAUGAGGAAUCUUAUGAGGCUAAAGGCAGCUGGAAUCAGGUGUCCAACUCCAUAUCUUUUGAGAUUGCAUGUUCUGGUCAUGGAAUUCAUAGGAAAGGCUGGUUGGGCUGCACCUCGUCUUAAGGAUGCUGCUUUAUCUUUGGAUAAAUUACGUGAAGCUUAUGUAGAGAUGAUCAUUGCAAUGCGGACUUUGUAUCAGAAAUGCAAACUGGUGCAUGGGGACCUCAGUGAAUAUAACAUACUAUAUUUUGAGGGUCACUUGUAUGUAAUUGAUGUCUCUCAAGCAGUUGAUCUCGACCACCCUCAUGCCCUUGAUUUCCUACGUGAAGAUUGUGUUCAUGUUUCUGAUUUUUUUAAGAAACAUGGUGUAGCUGUCAUGACAAUUCGAGAGCUAUUUGACUUCAUAGUUGACCCAACAAUUACUGAUGAUUCUGUUGAUAGUUACUUGGAAGAGGUUCAGCAAAAAAUUUUGUCAAGAGAUGUCACAGUAGAGGAUGAAAUUGCAGACUCCGUAUUUGUGCAGUCAUAUAUUCCAAAGACAUUAGAUCAUGUCAAGAAUGCUGAGGAGGAUGUAAUAAGGAUAACAAGUGGCAAGGAUAUAGGAGAUAUGUACUAUCAAACCAUAACAGGACUAAAGGAGGCUCUAUCUAAAGUUCAGUUUUCUGAAGCCCAAAAAGACCAAAAGGAAGAGAAUUUGAACCCUGUAGAAGUGUUUUCUGUAAAUGAGGAUGACCAUUCUAAAACUCCUGAAAGUGAAUCUGAUUCUGAGACAGAUGAUGAUGAGAACUCAAGCGACUCAGAUGAGAGUGGUUCCCUGUCAGAAGUUGAGAAAAAGGAUCCUGUUGAUAAAAGAACCGCUAGAAAACAGAACAAAAAGAAAGUCAAAGAAGAGAAGAGAGAAGCUCGGAAGACUAAAAUUCCUAAGGCUGUAAAGAAAAGAAAGAAGAAAUUGGCCAAAGCCAAGAAGACCAGGUAAACAUUUUCUAGCUGGGUCGUUAGAGGUAUGCAAUCCAUAUAGAAGAGAAUCACAGAACAGUGGAGAAGUUAGUUUAUUAGACGUGAUAAAGGCCAGUUCUGCGGCUGCAUUCCAGUGAAAGAAGGGAGGGAUCAAUUAUCAAUAUUUUAAUUUUUCGUUCUAAUUUUUGGGGUUAAGCACGUACGGUUUGUCAUUUUAUAAGUUAAUCAUGUAAAUGCAAGAUGAUAAGUUCAUCUUUAUUUUAUGUUAGCAGGGCUGAGUUUGAGCUCAAGUUUAUGGUUGGAUGAUAUAACCUCAUUUCCACAUCAACCCUUAGUCUUAUUCACGGCCUAUGAGAUUGGUUCUGUGGACUGGGUAAUGAUAAAAUGUAGAAACUUCAGAUUGA